AAGAGUGCAAGCUUGGCGGUGUGACGGGCUAGGUUGAUUUCCAGACCUCGAUUUUCCCAACUAUCUUCUGGCUUGACCUUUUCAAGAAGCAUCAACACGAAUCAACCACUAGGACAACAUGGCUGUCAACAUUGUAUCAAUAUCUCUAGAACAGGCUCUCAAGUCCACCCCGAAGGAUAGCACGAAACCAAGAUCCUUUGAUUUCUUUGACGUCCUUGGAACAACGGGGUGCUUGCAACAGUGCGCCAUUUUCCACUCUUGGAGCAUAUUAUCCCGAUCGGACACCGAGAAGUUAAGAGCAGAAAAUGACAACUUCACCAAGAAUGGAAGGAAGAAAUCAGACCGAGGCAAACCUUUCACGUACGGGGAUCUGGAUUGCUCAGCUCGGAACGGUUGUGGAAGCUGCAAGGCUGUCAAGGCCAUGUUGGAUAGCGCACCCACCAAGCAUUUUGGAGGAGUCACUCCCUCUACGACAUUCCAAUGGGCUGCAAGAUUCAAUGGCACCCUAGAAAUGAACGCUCCAGACGGUAAACUGUACUAUGUCAGAUUAUUCAACAUGGCGGGGUCCACUAAUGUCUUCCGCCGGAUACAAACUACCAACGGCGUGGCUGGGGAUACCUCUUCUGGUGUAAGCUUCCAGAGGAUCCGAACUUGGAUCGACGACUGCGAGCUGCAUGAAAAAUGCGGCAGAGGUAGAGAGAUGAAUUUGCCUACCCGACUCAUCGAUGUCGUUCAGCCUGGAGAUAGGCUUGGAGUCCGUCUAGUGGAUACAUCUGGACAAACAGGUACUUACAUGUGUCUGAGCCACUGCUGGGGAAAGAUCAAGAUUAAAUCCAAAACGGAAACCCGCAACCUGAAAAGGCGGCUCAAGUUGAUACCUUGGGCUUUACUUCCACCUAGCUUCCAACAGGCAAUUGAGAUUACGAGGAAGCUCAAGAUUCGCUAUCUCUGGAUUGACUCACUCUGCAUCAUACAAGAUGAUAAGAAAGAUUGGGAGAAAGAGGCUGCUCGGAUGGUCGACGUUUACCGCAACUCAUACGCGACUAUUGCCGUCAGCUGGUCUCAUGACUCUCAGGGAGGCUGCUACUCUCAGACAAUCCCAAGUCAAGUCUAUAACAUCACAACCGAGCUUGGUGACGAAUUCAGAGUCGUCUUGAUAACAGGUGAAAAGCGGGACGAGAUGCCAGACUACGCUAGGUUACAAGAGUAUUCCCCCCUCUUCAACAGGGCAUGGUGUCUCCAGGAACGCCUCCUUUCGCGGCGGAUUAUUCAUUUCAAUUAUGGAGAAAUGGCAUUUGACUGUGCCAGCGGGUACUCUUGCGAGUGCGGUGGAGAGCAACAUCACAGUUGGCACAACUUGAUACGGACUUCUAAUACUUAUAUACCGCUGCGGUCCAGGUCGAAGUACCUAUCAUUGCUGAACAACCCAUUGACG